AUGUCGCAGAAAAGAAAACGCUCGACUACCGAAUCUUACAAUAUCGCGUGGAUUGCCGUAUUGCCUAUCGAACGAGCAGCAGCUAUCGCCCUACUGGAUGAGCGCCAUGAUGAGCCCGAGGAUUUCGACCAGCAUAGCAACGACAGCAACACGUAUGACUGGGGCAAGGUAGGGCAGCAUGAUGUUGUGAUUACUUCUCUUCCUGCAGGAGUCUAUGGAACGACCUCUGCUGCCAUCACAACUUCGCAUUUACUUUCAUCUUUACCACAUAUCAGGAUUGGGCUUUUGGUGGGUAUUGGUGGUGGCAUCCCUCGGCCUGGUCGGGACAUUCGACUUGGGGAUGUUGUUGUCAGUCAACCCGAUGGAAAGAGUGGUGGUGUAGUUCAGUACGAUCUUGGCAAGGCAAAAGCAGAUUCCACAUGGGAAAGGAAAGGGAGCCUCAAUAUGCCUCCGACUGUCCUUCUCAGUGCGCUUGCCAAAUUGCAGGCAGAACAUGAGUUGGAAGAUUCGCAGACGGCAAAGAUUCUUGAAGCUAUGAUAACCAAGUUUCCUCGAAUGAAACCCCAAUACUCCUUUCAAGGGGUAGACAAAGAUAUCCUAUUUUCAUCGACAUUCAAGCAUUCCGGCGGCGACAAUUGUGACCUAUGCGAUCUCUCUGAACAAGUAAUUCGCGAGAAGAGGGAGUCAACCGACCCAGUCAUCCACUUCGGUCUCAUUGCGUCCGAAAAUACCCUGGUCAAGGAUGCUGAAACCCGAGAGAACAUCUUUAAGCUCGCUGAAGAAGAGUGCUUAUGUGUGGAAAUGGAGGCUGCGGGCUUGGUCAACUCAUUUCCUUGUCUCGUCAUCCGGGGUAUUUGUGAUUAUGCGGACUCUCACAAGAAUAAUAGAUGGCAGCGAUAUGCAUCUGCCACAGCGGCAGCCUUUGCGGUAGAACUGCUGAAGUACGUGCCAGUCAGGCAACUCCAAGCAGCCCCACGGGCUCUUGAGUUGAUAGAAAGAGUCAACCAAACAAUUACCGACCUGAAUAAUACGGUAAAAAUUACUCGUGCUCAAUCUGUCGUCCGCAGGCUUCCUAUUUCGCGAGGAGCUGCUUAUGACUCGGCCAGCAAUGAGUUGGAGUCCAUGUAUCCGGAAUCUCCUACUCUAUUCUGGCUUGAGGGCAUGGCUGGAACCGGAAAGUCGACCAUAUCUCGAACUGUUGCUCAUCGCCUGGCCGAACAGCGUAUCUUUGGAGGAAGUUUCUUUUUUAAGAAAGUUGAGGCUGCCCGAGCUACUCCCGAAAAUCUGUUCACCACUAUAGCUGCCAGUCUACACGCGCAACAGCCCGCUUUGUCACGGCAUAUCGAAGAUGUCAUUGAGAAUAAUCCGCAGAUCCAUGAAAAACCUUACCUCCAACAGUUCAAGACGCUUCUCCUGGAGCCGAUAUCUCGGGUUAGAUCGGAUUUAGUCAAGACAAUUGUUAUGGUCAUUGACGCUCUGGAUGAAUGCGACCACGAAGUCAUUACUAACAUUAUUACUGACGUGUUGCCAAACGCUUCCGAUUUGCGACUUAUUCGGCUCAAAAUCUUUCUCACUAGUCGACCAGAACUUCCCAUCAAAGCUGGGUUUUCCUCUCUACCUCUCGGUACGGCCUACCAGGAUCUAAUACUUCAGAACGUAUCCGAUGAUACUAUCAGAGAGGACCUGGAAACGUUUUUCCAAGUACGGAUGGCAGCCAUUCGCGACCGUUACAACGCACAAGAAAAGCGAAUUGAGAUAGGCUGGCCCACGAAAGAGCAAAUAGCAAUACUUGUAGACGCCUCAUUUCCCCUUUUCAUCUCCGCAUCUACCCUCUGCCGCUUCAUGGACAACAGAAAGCUUGGUAACCCGAAGCGGCUUAUGAAGCAACUAUUGGACGCAAAAGAUAGAGGUCACCAGUCGAGCCUUGAUCAGAUGUACUCUGCUAUUCUGUACCAGCAGUUUAACGACAACGAUACGGCUUGGCAAAGGGAGCAAACGGUGAGAGAGUUCCGUUUGGUUGUUGGUUCUCUAAUCCUGUUGAGGGAUCCUCUCACUAUUCCAGCUUUUGCAAGAUUGCUCUCCAACGAUCAAGUCGGUGAUGACGCUGAAGAGUGGCAGCAAAUAAUCGUGGACAGACUUGAGCUCUUACAUUCUGUUUUGAACGUUCCACCGCCGUCGGAACGUCUGUCACAACCGGUGAGGAUACUGCACUUGUCAUUCAGUGACUAUCUCCUGGAUCCCUUAUACUUUCAUAUAAAUCUAUUUUGGAUUCCUGAGACUGAAAUUCAUGGCAUUCUACUUCGAAAGUGUUUCCAGACGAUAAUUGUAGCUUGGCGGGAGGGCUCUUGUGAAUCACAUCCUCCCGAGGCAUAUUAUCGAUCCCGCACUGAGAUAGACUACGCAUGUCGAUACUGGGCAGACCAUGCUAAAGAGGGGCGAGCUGAUGAGACUGCUGGAUCUAGGAUCCUUGGCUUCCUGGAGCAACACUUUCUGCACUGGCUAGGGAUCUUGAUCUUGAUAGACAACACCGGGUCUACCUUGAGGAAUGGUCAGCUCUCUGAGUUUUUGGAGCACGCAAUCGAACUCCUAUCUGAUCGACAAGCUAGCUUCCAAUUGGACUUUUCACAGGUGUUCUCUACAGGACUGCUAUUCUGCCCGACAAAUUCCAGAGUUCGCCAGAUAUUCCAUCCAGAGAUACCUGCUUGGAUCGCCCUCCAGCCACAGGUGGAUCUCAUUUGGACAUCCUACAUACGCUCCUUCUUCAUGGACUAUAACCAUGAAGUUGAUGGACUUGAGUUCUCGCCCGACUCAAGACUACUGGCGGUAUACACAUUUACGACCUUUUCACUACGAAUCUUACAGGUAAGCACGGGCAACUGCCUGCAUACCUUUCACCCUGGGGUCAUCAAACCCUCGGACCGUAUCCGGGGAAUAAUCGACUUGCGCUUCUCACACGACUCCAAGUUACUUUACUGGACUUGGGCUGGCCAUGUUACCUUGUGGUGUGUUGAAACUGGUCAAAUCAUCAGAGAUUUCAAACUCAGUCCGUACAUACCACUCGGUGAAGCAUCCAUGAUCUCGUCACACCCUGGUUCUAGCACAAUAGGAGGAGACCACCAAGAAGAAUAUCCUGUCGCAAGUUUAUCUUUCUCCACUUGCCUUCGCUACCUAGUUUCCGCUUCGCAUCAUGGUGGAGUAUUUGUUUGGAAUAUGACUGAUUGGAAGUUGGCACAACAAUUCGAAGUACCUAAUAAGGAAAGUUGCGAGAACGCGACCUUUAUGGAUGGGCCUUCGCGAGUUGCUGUUGCCACAAAUAUGGCGAUAUCUAUAUGGGAUCGAGCCGCAGACGAAGUAUCUUACACAUUAAGAUUGCCUGAACGAUUUCGGUGCAUGAAAUUCUUUAUUAACGUAGGUUUGGUCUUCGCUACUGGCAAGAUCCUUCAGGUCUUUGAGCCCGAUAAGAACUCGAUCGAACGCUGGCCCAAUAUGGAUGCAAUUGAUUCAAUCGAAGCAAAUGGCUCAAACAAUAUGGCUACAUACAGCCGGGAUAUAAAGGCGAUCGAUGUUUGGCGCCUUGACACAAGGCACCACUUGAAGCGGAUCAGCAUUAACUUCAGCCAUCGACUAACACCGAUGGCUCUGUCUGUCGAUGGCGGGCUUUUAGCGUCAGGUGAUGGCCAUCUCCAUGAGGUUGUUCGUAUUUGGGAGAUUGAAGAUAAUGGAAAACGAGCGUCACAGUUUCACCCAGUCUCUCAUCUCCAAAUGUCGCCAGACUCACUCAUGGUCGCAACCGUAUCUCCCGGCUCCUGCGAGUUCAUCGUAACCUUCUGGUCGACAGAAACAGGGAAAAUGCUAAACUGUGUCAAAAUUGAUGAUGUGGGGUUCACUUCGGAAGCUCCAACAUAUCUUCAAUUCUCUCCCGAUUCGACCUUGCUCCUCAUGGUGUACAUGAGUCAUAUAUAUAUAUGGGAAGUGGAAACGGGCGCGCGGGUGCAAACCUUGGUGGCUCCUAUCGGAGUGUUCGAAUGCUCAGCAGCAAUUUCGUGUUCUUCAGACUUGGUGACAACCAUUUGUACUGAGCACGAAGAGUCUUCUGAGUGUUUCGCGCACAUCUGGCAGGUUAGCACGGGCGAAUGUGUUUUGACCUUGCGGGAAUCAGGACCCCGCAAGUUGUUUUUGUUCGUGUCUUUCGUUCACGAUUCUUCUUUCCUGAUCAUUCAAGACACACUCAACACUUUGCGAUUAUGGGACAGUGUUACGGGCGAAUAUUUGUCCGAAUCACAACACGAUGAGGAAGGCAAGUUAAUGAUGGCGGCUUAUACAAGCAAAUCAAGGCUACUGGCAGUGGCUUUUGAGAGUUAUUAUAACAAAUUUGAUCGAUGGUCGGUAGAUAUUAUACAAUGGGAUACUGGGGGUUGUUUAAUAAGGGUAUACCUUGGGGAGGCGCCUUGCUGUCUUCGGUUUGGGGAUGACGGGAGGCGGGUUUUUACAAGCUACAGCGGUUUGUCGAGCAGCCUUCCUCUUCGGCCGUUCACUCUCGAGACACCAGAGCGAAUGGCUCUACGUGAGUUCAUUGCCCCUAGUUUGAGAAUCUCCAUGGGGUUUGGGCUUGGGUUUUGGUUGGUCUCUUGGAAGAACCAUCAUCUGUUUCAGCUUCCUUCCAAUACCGAUAUAAGAACGAUUGUCAUUCGUGGGCCCCUGAUCGCCUUUGCUAGCACGCAGGGCCAUGUCGCUAUUAUGAAGUUGGACCUUUUAAAACUAGAUGAGAUGCAUAAGCGUACAUCGGGUUGUCAGAGGCCUACUCUUAGGUGCUUAUAUACUUAG